GGCGGCGCCCCAGAAACUAAAGCCCAUGACAGGCGGCGCAGGGCUGAGGUGUUUGUGGCCGCUCCGGGUGGGACUGGUGGCCGUGGCAGGACGGGGCAUCAGCAGAAGCGGGUUCACCGCCGCCAUGUCAUCACAGUCUCACUGGCUGACCACAGAAGAAAGGAACCAAGUUUUAUAUGACCUCAAAGCUUCAGGAUGGUCUGAGCUAAGCGAAAGGGAUGCCAUUUACAAAGAAUUCAACUUCAAAACUUUCAAUCAGGCUUUUGGCUUUAUGACUCGAAUUGCGCUGCAGGCUGAAAAGAUGAAUCAUCACCCUGAGUGGUUUAACGUGUACAAUAAGGUCCAGAUAACUCUCAUUUCCCAUGACUGCGGUGGGCUGACGAAACGAGAUGUCAAGCUGGCUCAGUUUAUUGACAAAGCUGUUGCAUCUGUCUAACAAUGAGGUGUUGAAAUCAUCAUGGAACUGCAUUUCUUUUAAAGUGCAUCAUAUUCUUUGCAUUAUAUGAGACAUUUUUCUUCUCUGUUGCUGUGAUUUUGAGCCCUAAAUUACCCUCUUCCUUCAGGGCUAUACCUAGUAUAUGCCAGUCUGCUGUAGAUAGAUCUUGAGACUGAAGUCUGAGAAGUCUGAGUUCAGAGACAUUUCUUAGGCAUGUAAAAUAAAGAAGACUAUGGUAUCAUGAA